AUGUUGUUCCGUGCUGUAGGGGAGAUUAUUGUGUUCGUGUUGAUAGCUGUUUGUUACGUUGCCUCGCAGGAUCCCGCGAGACCGAUUAUCACCAGCCCUGCUGGUCAAGUGCAAGGAACAACCGAAUCGUGUGGCCUGUUUUGUAGUUACUAUUCGUUCAAAGGAAUUCCGUACGCAGAACCACCGGUAGGGACGAGACGUUUUCGGAAUCCCGUCCCCCAUGGCGGGUGGACAGGGGUACGUGAUGGGUCUAGCCACGGGUCGGAUUGUCUGCAGGCGAGCGUGAUCCCGGGAGCGGUGCGUGGUAGUGAAGAUUGCCUGUUUCUGAACAUCUACACCCAGCUGCUUGUGGGCCAACGGCCCGUGAUGCUGUGGAUCCAUGGAGGCGGAUACGGUGCCAAUUCAGGCAACAGCGACGAGUUCGGUCCAGAGAAGCUGGUGCAGGAAAACGUGGUACUGGUAACGAUCAACUACCGACUGGGAGCGUUGGGAUUCCUCAGCACCGGCGAUCGGUAUGCCCAGGGAAAUUGGGGGCUGAAGGAUUGUCUGCAGGCGCUUCGAUGGGUCCGAGCAAACAUAGCCGCGUUCGGUGGUGAUCCAAGCAAUGUGACGCUGUUUGGUAAUUCAGCCGGUGCUGCGUUGGUCCAUUUGUUGGUGCUUGCUGACGCACCGGCCGAUGAAGGCCUGUUCCAUAGAGCGAUCGCCCAAAGCAGCACCACGCUGGUUCCGUACGCCUUUCAACCAGAGCCGCGAUUCUACGCCGACCGUAUCGCCUCGGCGCUCGGUUUUGGCACAGACAGUAGCGUCUACGUGGAGCAGUUGAGGUCCAUCCCGGCAGAGCAAUUUAUUCCCUUCCAGGAGGCAGCGUUUACAAUUCCCGUGCCUCGGUUUCUGCGUCCGAUCGACUUUGGGCCAGUCGUUGAGCCAUUCGACGCACCCGAAGAGACCAUCGUUCGACAGCGUCCGAUUGAGUUGAUCCGUGGACGUGGCCAUCGAGUCCCCUUCAUGGUAGGGUACACCGAUCUGGAGGGUGGGUUUUUUACGGCCCUCGAGAACGCUAUAGAUCCCACCGUCAAGCCACAGUUCAACGCCAAUCCGCACCUUUUGGUUCCCUUCUUCUGGAAUGUUUCACCUGGCAGUGCGGCAUCGACGCAGAUUAGUAAUGAAUUCCGGAACCACUAUUGGCAGGGUAGACCACUCGAUGCGAGUGUGGACUACGAGUGGACGGUGUACCAAACUGACCAUCAGUUUCUGUUCGCCAUCGAUCAGACGGUGCGACUGCAUGCACAGGCCGCUCCGUCAGUGCCACUGUACUAUUACCAGUUCGCGUACGAUGGAGAUUUGAAUCUGUACAAGAAAAUCUUCGGUGUUACGCACCCGGGCGCGAUACACACGGAUGAGUUACCGUACCAGUUCCACAUACCGGCAGCUAUGCUGGAACCGAUCUCGCCGACUAGUCAUGCGAACACCGUGAGCAGUCGUGUCGUGCGGAUGUGGACCAACUUUGCUCGGACCGGCAAUCCAACACCAGUGCAGGAUGCAUUAUUGCAAAACAUGCAAUGGCCUACGGUGGGGUCCGACGGGGCAGGCUAUCUUUCCAUCGGACACGACUUAGUACCAUGGCAGCAAUCACCAAAUCCUACCAGAAUGUCUCUUUGGUACAACCUCCAGCAAACGUACGCCAAUGCGCCGUUCGAAAUUUAACUCUUAAGAUUUCGUUCACUACCAUCCACUUGGAUGUUAUUUAGGCUUCAACGAAGAAAAGAUG